UUAUUGAUAAAAAUCGCGAAAUUGUACAAACGCAUUUGAAUAUUUAUACAGAUUCUCACACCAAGUUUAUGGUUUAUAAAUAAUGUAAUUAUUUUUAUUUAUAUCAUCAUUAUUAUUAUUAUGUUCCUAGUGCCCAACUAAAAUAUACCUAAAUUUAAAACCCAUUUUAAAAAAAAAUUGUAUCUUUUUUUUAUCUAGAUAAAAAAGUAUUUAUCUUUAUCUUUAUCUAGAUAAAUAUGAGUUAAGUUAUCUUUUAUCUCUAUCUAGAUACAUUAGAGUUGCAUUAUCUUUAUCUUUAUCUAGAUAAAAACUACUUAUCUAAUCCGAACACUGCCCAUGAGGCGUAUAGGUUCUGUGCAACGCAGUCGACAUUUCUGAAUAAUCUCUGCUGCCGCUAUAAUGCGAGGACAGUCAUUUCGCGGGUUCGUAUUAUUAUUAUGUUGGGUGUAUCCGUUGCGAUUAAUUACGGUGCGGAGAGAUGGAUAGCCCAAUCAGCGAUGUCGUUGUAUAUUAUUAUAGCCGACCCGCCGAUCGUCGUAGGGCGAUGUAAUUAUACAGCGUGCCGAGGGCCGAUGAUCGAGACGUGUUUUGGGUGUCGGCGGCUCACACAUCAUGCGGAUAUCGUGGGCACGAGUGGGUAUGUCGAAUAAUAUUCUCCUCUAUAAUAUUAUGGUAUCGAACACAAAAGAGAAAUGUGCGAAGUGCGUGAGUGUGUGUGUGUGUGUGUGUGUGUGUGUGUGUGUGUGUGUGCGCGCGCGCGCGUGUUGGCGUGGGAGCGUACCGUAGUGAAAUGGGUAAAAAAAAAAAAAAAAACGGGAAGAAGAGAAAAGGUGUAUUUUACCGGGAGCCGGAAAAAUCCGGGGUGUGUGUUCGGCCUGUUCGGCCAGCGUCGGCCGCGGUCGGCUGGUUUCGCGUUUCCCGCGGUAACGUCGCGCCGGGCGUCUUCCGUCCGGCUCGGCGGCGGCGGCGGCGGCCGGCGACGGAUGACUCGCGUAUCGGGCAGUACAGAAGCGUGUCGUCGCCGCCGGCCCAACAGCCACGCGCUUGUCUUCGUAGUUUCAGUCGUAAUAAUAUUAUUAUAGUAUUAUAGAUAGACGAAAAUAUUAUUAUUUUUUUUUUUUUUUUUUUAUUAUUAUUAUAAAAAACGAUACGCGAGUGACCGACAUUUUCCGACGUGACAUUUACCCGAAAAUGUUUGCUAACAGUAUGAUAUUAUUAUAAAAUAUAAUACGACCACCAUACCUUACUCAUUGACGGCUGUCGAAAAGGCAAUGGACAUCGUUGGAUCUGCAAUCGUACACCACCACAACCACCGACAGCUGCAACACCGCCACCACAGCCGCCGCCGAAACUCUUCCGCCUUGGUGCUGUUCUAAUAUGGACGACCGGUUCCUGCAAGACAUAUCAGAAAUAUAACGUCAUGUCGACGGAGUCGCACAAAUUUACAUCUCUAAGACAAGCUAGGAAAUCAGUCUCUAUUGCAGAAAAAGAGGAAUUGGUCGUAAUCACGCCAAAUGAGAGAAACUGGCGCGGUAUUCUUAUCGCACUUCUGGUCAUUGUAGCCGUUUUGGGCUUGAUAGUAUUCUUUAUCGUCCUGCUGUCACCACCAUACAAAGGUCCUAGGAAUCUUGGAAGUAAAUUCACAGUCGAUCAAAUUGCCGGGGACACAUUUAAAGCGCCUUCGUUUAAUGGCUCAUGGAUAUCAAGCGUGGAGUUGGUGGUUCGAGACGCACAAGGUGGCGUCAGCGUAUACAAUGUCGAAACAAAUAAACACAGGGUACUACUCACGAGUUCGUCUUUUAAACGAGUGAAUGCUAAUGAAUUUCAAACGUCUAGCGAUCAAAACUACGUGCUCCUGGCAUCGGACGAGAAAAAAAUUUACACGAACACGCGGGAGGCCAAGUAUCACGUUUUCGAAGUGUCGACCCAGAACGGCGUACCGCUCAUGACCGCCUCGAAAACGGUGGACGAUGGCGAGCAGAUUUACAUACAGAAAGCGCAAUGGUCGCCGACGGGCAGUGGGCUGGUGUUCGUGCACAAGAACGAUUUGUACUACAAGAUCCACGGUAACCGGCACAGCAGAGUGGUCAGGAUCACGGACACGGGUACGCCGACCGUGUUCAACGGCAUACCGGAUUGGCUGUACCAGGAAGAAAUUUUCAAAUCCGAUAGAGCGUUUUGGUUUUCGCCAUCUGGUCGGUAUUUAGCGUACGUCACGUUUGACGAUUCAUUGGUCGGCGAAUACAAGUAUCCGGUAUACAACACUAGAUUCCAGUAUCCGUAUUAUCAGUCGUUACGAUAUCCAAAGGCGGGAACGCCAAAUCCAACAGUGACUGUGUGGUUGAGGGAUUUGAAAAACGAUAGUUUAUCAAACGGCACACUAUUGCAAAAACCACAAGCCUUACAUAUGGAAAGUGAACCCUAUUUGAUGCAUGUUAAGUGGGCAAACGAAAGACGUAUUGGAGUAGUUUGGAUGAAUAGAAAACAGACGACAAUGGUCAUAUCUGUAUGUUCUGAGCCAAACUGGCAGUGUCAAGACUCUUACGUGGAGAAAAUCGCUGAUGGAAAGGGGUGGCUGGAAAACACCCAAGUCGAGUUCAACGAGGAUGGCACUAGCUACUUGGCGAUAUUACCGGUGCUUGAUGGUCCACGUGGCACGUACCCACACAUCUGCCUGGUGGACAUAUCCACAAAAAUCGUACUCCCGCUGACGAGUGGAAGCUUUUGCGUCGUCCGAAUCGUUCAGUGGGACCAGACGAACCAGCUAAUAUACUUUGAAGCGAUACCGGAGGGGAAACCGUCGCAAAGGCAUUUAUACAAAGUACCCGAUAACGUAAACAGCACGGCGGGCUGGGAAUGUAUGACGUGCCCUCCGAGCGGACCGCAAAAGAAUACUUCCAAAAUGGACACAUCCAUGAGUUCGGAUAUCAGCGACUCGUUCCGGUUAAGUCUUAAGGGAUUGGAGACGUCAAAACUUCCUCAAGACUCGUGGCCAGUGAGGACAAACUCAUGCCUAUAUGUCCGAUCUCAUUUUUGUCGGUACCCUAAUUCCAAAUACUACGUUUUAGAAUGUUUAGGUCCCCUAGUUCCAAAAGUGAUAUUGAUGAACCUGCAGAUAAAUCAAAAAGUAAUGAUAUUGAACAAUUAUACUGCACUGGCAACUAAAUAUUCUGCAAUGGCUAAACCUAACAUACAAAUAAUGCAGGUGGAGGUGGAGAGCGGAUUUAUAGCUCAAACCAAGUUGAUGCUGCCCCCUGCGUUUAAAGAAUACGAUGAAACCGCGUUUCCGUUUAUUUUAUACAUAAAAGGCAAGCCCGGCACUCAGUCGGUGACCGAAGAGUGGUCUGUGGAUUGGGCCACGUACUUAUGCAGCAACAAAAACAUUAUCAUCGCCAUAAUCGACGGCCGUGGAACACUGGGCCAGGGCGACAGGUCAAGAACAUCAAUUUACUAUAAAAUGGGAAUCACGGACAUCCAGGACCAGCUUUCGGUUUUGUUGUAUCUCAAGGAUACGAUGAAGUUCAUAGACAAAGAUCGUAUUGGCAUUUGGGGAAAAGGAUACGGCGGAUACGCCACUGGAAUGAUAUUGGCCAAGCAACCGGAAGUAUUUCGAUGCGGAAUUGCCACGUCGCCGAUUACGAAUUGGGCGCAUUUCGAUUCGGCUUGGACUGAAAAGUUGAUGGGCACCCCAAAUGUGACAGACAAUUACCGUGGAUACGAAGACUCGGAUUUAAGCAAAAAAGCAAUUACAUUGGAUAAAAAACUGUUAAUGUUAAUCCAUGGCAGUGCAGAUGAAACGGUCCAUUAUCAGCAUAGCAUGAUGCUGAUUAGAGCAUUAACAGAGAAGGGGAUUUUAUUCAGACACCAAACGUAUCCGGACGAAGGCCACACCUUCGAUGGAUCAACUAAACAUUUAUUGCAUGCUAUGGAACAUUUUUGGGACGAGUGUUUCGGUCCAUUGGAUUUUGACGACUGGGACGAAAGCUUAAAUUUUUUUGCAUUCACGCAGUAAUACAUAAUACAAACCAUAUUGACCCAGUGAUGUAUUUAUGGCUGGGGGAAUAGGGGUAUAAUAUACUUCCAGGGAGUAACUUAUAUUCCCAUAAAAUUUUUUGAACCAACAUGAAAAAAAAAACGUUUACAUUGUUGAAAACAGUUUUUUUUUUCAAGAAUAAUUGCUACUCACUAAUAUGUUGAUAAAGUAUGUUACUUAUCAAAAUAAUAAGUUGUGAUAACCAUACAUCAAAUAGUUGCAGAAUCUGUUUUUUUUGACACUAUUCUCAAUCUCUUAUCGGCACCUACAAUCUACAUACGGGUGAAUUUGCUUGGGCGUUGUGUAAUCAGCUGUGUAUUUAUAAUCGUGGCAAUCAUUAAUUUAUGUUUUAGCAUUUUAUCGUAGGAGCUUUUAAAAUAAUUCCUCAUAAUAAUUAUAAUUAUUAUAAUUACAAUUAUCCUUAUAAUUACCCCCCCCCCCCCUGGAAAAACAAAAUGCGUAUACACGUCACUGGAUCGGCCGAUACGUGUCCGUUAACGGCUUCAGAAAUGAAUUCCGAUCAUACUAAAAUAUUCACAGGGUUAUCCAUUUCAUAACGAAAUAGAACUAAUAUUGUAUUCCAAAAAUAGACAGGCAAAUAUCGUGAUCACGAAAUUCGACAAUCUGCGAAAUUUUCGAACGAGCGGAGUCUUAAAACAAUAAUAACCCUGGUGUACGACUUUAUUUUUUUACCACAUAAUCAUUGAGAGCUUAAGGAAUCAAUCUGAUGUAUUCAUAAACCAUAGUUUACUGAUCACAGUUGUUCAUCUUCGUAAAAUCAUUUGUACACUCAAAUUGUUUAGUAACACGGUGGUCACAUUUCGCACAUAAUGUAUUGUACAGGUUUCAUUCAAAUGUACAUUUUGCUUUUCCAAUCAGAACUAACUACGGUAGAACGUUUUUGUAACGACUACAUUUAUAAUUUUAUCGCUAGUGUGAAUCGGACAUAUUAAAUUUACUGGUUAUCAAAUAAUUUCGUGAAAAAUAACAUGAAAAACAGUAAAAUUUGUUGUAUUGAAAUAUAGUCGAUUUUCUAUUGAUUGUUACGUAGGAUAUCGAAUACAUUAUUUGGCUCAAGUAAUACUGUGAUAAACGACUAUACAAAAAAAAAAAAUUGUUGCAAUGCGUCAUAACAGUAAAACAUUAAUAAAUACAACUUUUGUUAUUUCAUAAAUAUUAACACUAUAUAUGUUAUUAUUUUAUACAACGUGUAUGAAAUUAAUGAUAGCUAAAAAAAUAUAUAAAUAAUUAACUGCCUAAAUAUCUGUGUACAUUCAUUUUGAGAAAAGCUAACAGAUUGUUAGUAAAAAAUACUUUUUAACGAUCAGUUCAUUCAAAAAAAUAUUAUUAAAUACUUAACAAUAAUCACUUCAACCGUAUUAUGUUCCUUGAAAAUAUGAAAUCAUUUGAAAAAAAAAACUAUUAUUGAUAAACAAUGUCUAAAUGUAAUUUUAUUUUAUGUUAUUGGAUGUUAAGAAGUAAAGACAUUUUAAUUUCUGUGGAAUAAAUGUAUGCCUAUUAAACAUUUAAGUAAUUAUUUAAAAGUGUCUUGUAAUAUUCAAAACUGGAUAAUACAUUUCAGUGAGUUCAAGUGAUCGGAACAUUCAUUGAUAAUUGUUUAGUAUAAUGUAUCUAUCCUAGUGCUCUAUACGAGUUGAUCUGUUGUUAUUUGGUAUACAGAAAAAAAAUCAUUGUUGUUAUAUUAUAUUAUUUAUACAUUCCUUUAGUAACUAAAGUUUAGCAGGUACUUAUACAGUUUUGUGAAUUGUGUGUAUUAAAAAAUCAUGUUUGAUAAUGUUGCAGAUAAUUUUGAAAAUAAUGAAAAUACCGUAUAGAAUUAUUAAUUUAGUACUAAGUAAACUAAGUAUUGCGAGCGUGUUAAUUUUAUUUUGGAAAAAAUCCAAACUAAAUAUACAAUUCUAACCAAUAAUAAAAAUGUAUUUUUUAUAUGAAUACAUAUAACAUUAACUAUAUUACAAUAAUUUCACUCAACAUUCAACGUUAAACUAUUGUUUUGCGAAAAAAAAAAUAGUCCAUAUAAAAUAUUAUAUUGUGAGAAAAAAAAUGAGGAAUAAUCGAUUAUGAAAAUUAUUAUGUAUCCCAGUUUUUGGAUCUUUUUUGUGUAAAAUUUUAUUUUUAUAUAUCUCAAAUGUUUUAGAUAUAUUGUUGCUUGUGAUGAAUAUUGUUUUAUGUUAAUUUUGUAAUGAAUAUUUUUUUUCUAUCACCAUUUUACGUUAAGAGUUUUACCAAAGAGGUGACUGCAGACUGAUUAAUAUUUCCAUUAAGCCUUCAUUUUCGUAUUAAAUUUUCCAAUAGAACACUUUAUCUUUAUAACAAUAUUAAAUCAUAAUUCCAAUAAAAAGCCGCUGCCGUUUAAUUGAAUUGUACUUAAUUAUACGUCUAAAAAUAGUAUCACAUACAUUCCAAUCUUAAAAAAAUUAUAAAAAUCGUAUUUUACAGACGGUAUAGGUAUAGAUUUUAAAAAAGUUGAUACUUUCUUGUUUUAUUCACACAAAUUGUAUAUUUUAAUAUCGCAAUAUUAUUACCAUACUUUUCUUCGUUUCUCUGCUUAAUUUAUGUCCCCCCGAAAAAUACAUAGGUACACCGUGAAUACAAAUUCUAUAUUAUUAUAUAUAUAUAUGUGUGUGUGUGUAAUUUCAAUCCUACGUAGAGUAAAUCAGUAAUUUUCGAAACAUUAUAAUUUAUUGUACGGUAAAUUAUAUUCAAUUUUAGCUUUACAGUCACUAUGAUGAUAUUAUUAUUACGUCAUCGGUCCAAAUCUCCCAACAUUGAUGACGUUUCCGUUAAGAUUUGAUCUCUUGGUUUUGUUUAAUACGAAUAAUUUGGCUGUGUUUUGAUAUAUAUAUAUACGUUUCUUUUUCAUAUAGUUGUUGUGUUUAGCAUCGUUUUAAAAUUGCAUGCAAUGAGCCCGAGGUGCCAAAAUCCGUCCAGCGCGUAUAGCAUAAACAACGGUUUAUGUCUCGGCGACUAUUUAGAUUAGAUCGCACGAAUAGCUCUCUACAAGUGAUACAAUAAUAAUAUCAUAACAAUAUUAUUACUGUGGACUAAACAUAGCAAGCGAGAACCCCCUAAUAAUAAUAACGUCUUUACUCGUAUAAUGAAAAUAACACUAUACAUAUUAUAUUAUUAUUAUUCUUAGGUUAAAGUUCCUCGUAAUAUUUAUAAUAUAAUAUACCGUAGGCUGGCUUCGGUUUUCGUUUGAAAAUGUUGAAAACAUAUCAAAUAAAACAUUUUUUCGAUCGCAAUGUAACGAUAAUAAUAAAAAUAAAAAAUGAGUUUCCUAUAUUUUAUUCACCAACACUUGAUUCGGCGGCGAUACAAGUGUCGAACGCUUUUGUGUAGCAAGUACCUAGUUCAUAGUUGUUUUAAAAAGAUUUCGUUACAGCGUUUUCGUAUUGUUAUGUAUACAAUUUAUGAAUACAAAUAUUAUAUAUAUAUAUUUUUUUUUUAGUUGAACAAAAACGUGUACCUAUUAAAAAUAUCUAAUGUCAAUGUCUUAAAGAUAUCGCCCUGAGUUCACACACAGGCCUAUGUUUAUGUUAAAUAAUAUACAAACAACUAAUACAAUACGACGUGUAGAUGUAUUGUAUUGUUUUUUAUAGCUAUAUUAUAUUAUUACUCACAUAAAAAAUAUAAAAUUAAAAAUGUAAUAUUUGUAACUUAACCGUUUCAUAUUUAUGCUUUGAAUGUAUAAUGUACAUUAAUUACCGCAUUAAUAAUAUAAAUUUAUAUUAUAUGGUUAUAAUCUGUUAAAAUUAUUAAUACUUUAAUAUAUGGACUUAAAAAAAAAUGAUUUACAUACUGUGUGUUUCUAAUAAAUAAUACGUUUAAAACAAUUUUAACGUAUUGCUAAGUAUACGGUGUUAUGCGUGUGAUUUAUUGAUGUUAAUAUUUAAUAGUUGUGUACUUAUUGAAAAUAUUAUAAACCUAUUACCGUUUUAAUGUUUGCGCCGUUCUGAUGUAAUGUAUUAUUAUUAUAAUAUACUGAAAAAAAAAAACAAAA